AUGGAGGCCCACAGCGAGAAGGAGAAGCUGUACACCCUUCCAGAGGCUGGGACCAUCUACGUCGAGACCAGCGGAUUUGAGGAACUAAAACGGCAGCCCUGCGACAGCUGCAUCGUCGAGUUCCUUGGGCUCAACCCAGGCCCCUCCACGGCGCUGGGAGAUGGCGUCAGCGAGGUUAGGCAGCCGUUCAACAACCAUGUCGUCCUCCGGCUCCAGGUAAAGGGCGCGCCCGUCGGGGUGACCCUCAAGGGGAAAUACGUUCUGGCCAAGGGAGUUCGCUGUUCGCCCGAAGUGGCCCGCAUGCCUAGCUCGAGGACCUAUCUCGCCGCCAAGCCGGUGCACUACUCUAGCCCAUCUAAAUCGGCCACUGCAGCUUUUUGGUUUGAGGUUACCGACGGCACCACGAUCAAGGACUUUCUUGACGCAGCAGAUCCUCCUGGUGAUGAGACCAAGGGGCUCUUCCCGUUCAGCUACGUCGAUGCUCCGCCUUUCUACGGAAGCCCAAAUACACAGGUGGGCUGUCGAGACUUCCUGGCCCAGUGGUUUUGUGUCCUCCAUUCAAAUGGACUGGUCAAGUGGCAGUGUCAUCAAGCGUGGUAUCCCGGUAGGGGAGUGUGCAAGCCCGACGGCGUCCAGACAUUCGCCUCCAUCAUGCAGUAUGUUUACAACACUGUACUGGUCGGUGACGUAGACCAGCCGAACCUUCAGCGUCUGCCUAUCCCAAAGGCGCACUUUUCGCACCACAAGCGCCGGCUUGAGUGUGCAGGCGAGGAACUGCCGUACCACUCCGGCGAGCCCGCGGCCGCCACAAAGAAAGACGACUCGGCAAAAGAGGCCGAGAGGCCUUGCAAAAAGUCCAAGCAACACUGA